AGAGAAAAUUGGUUGUAGCUGCUUGUCAUUUGAUUGUAGGAGUACUACUCUAGAUAUAGGAAAAGCUGGCAUAAAAGUCUUGCCUUUGUUUUGUACUCUAGAUGGGUUGGGUUGGGUUGUCAUUGUUGGCAUAGCAACAAGUUGACACUAAUCUAAUCACCUCCUCUGCCUCUCUUUGUAUUCUACGAUGGACACGCGCGGCCACGAUGAGGAGGAGCCACCGAAACCUGUGGUUCUGAUCACAGGAUGUUCCACGGGAGGGAUAGGCCACGCGCUUGCACGCGCCUUCGCUGAGAAGAAGUGCAGGGUGGUGGCCACCAGCAGGUCGCGGUCGAGCAUGGCGGAGCUGGAACACGACCAAAGGUUCUUUUUGGAAGAGUUGGAUGUUCAGUCCGAUGAGAGCGUGCGUAAGGUGGUUGAUGCUGUUGUCGACAAGUACGGUCGCAUCGACGUGCUCGUUAACAACGCCGGUGUUCAGUGUGUGGGCCCACUCGCCGAGGCUCCUCUCUCUGCCAUCCAAAACACUUUCGACACCAAUGUCUUCGGUUCCUUGAGAAUGGUUCAGGCGGUUGUUCCUCAUAUGGCAACUAAGAAAAAGGGGAAGAUUGUCAAUAUUGGUAGUGUUGCUGCCUUGGCCUCUGGACCUUGGUCAGGAGCUUAUACAGCUUCUAAAGCUGCUCUUCAUGCUUUGACAGAUACAUUAAGACUGGAACUUGGACAUUUUGGAAUUGAUGUUGUCAAUAUUGUCCCCGGAGCUAUCAAAUCAAACAUUGGAGAUUCUGCCAUAGCCAGCUACAACCGCAUGCCAGAAUGGAAAUUAUUCAAGCCUUUUGAAGCAGCAAUCCGAGAUAGAGCUUAUUUUUCGCAGAAGUCCAAAACAACCCCUACAGAUGAGUUUGCUAUAAGCACUGUAGCUGCUGUCCUUAAGGAGAAACCACCUGCAUGGUUCACCUAUGGGCAUUACUCUACUGUCAUGGCUAUCAUGUAUCAUUUACCGAUCUCUGUUAGAGAUUUUGUUUUGAAGAAAGCAAUGAAAGGCUGAGCUAUAGUUAGGAAUGGAAUUGAAUUACAUCCUCAAAAACUUCUUAACUUGAAUCCUAAUUUGGAGCGUGACAGAGACAGACAGCCUCAUGUCCCCUUCAGUUAUUAAAAGCACAAAUCUGGUACAGUUCCUGCCACUGUUCCAAAACAGUAAUGCACAAUGCAGAGUUGUGCAGUUCUGCUUAUUGCUUGCUUCCUCUUUCCGAAACUUCGAGGGUGGAUUAUGACCUCUUUGCAAAUUGCAAUCCUUCAAUUCUCAAACUGGAUAACGAUGACAAUAUAUGUACAGAUUUAGUUUAGUAUGAAACUGUAUCGACAGUCUAGUUGAUGUUGGAGUUUCAGCCCAUUUAUAAAAUACUGCGAGUACUUUUUAUCCCCCCCGUCA